AAUCCAGUAGCUUGCGACAUUCCUGUAAUUCCGAACACUGACAAAAAUCAACUAAAUUUCAACAAGUGGAGUUUAUCUCUCUCUCUCGAUCGACACUAAGUUGGAGUUAUUUCUAGAAAAGACGAAGCGUAUUCAAGAUGAUGCAGCCGGCGGAACAGAUCUUCUCCUGCGGAUUCGAACUCUUCGGGCGAGUACAGGGUGUGUGUUUGCGCAAGCAGACCCGAGAUCUGGCCACAUUGAACCACGUGCGCGGGUGGGUGAUGAACACGGACGAGGGCACGGUGAAGGGUCAGCUGGAGGGCACUCUGCCCAAGGUCAACGAGCUGAAGUUCUGGCUGCUGAAUUUCGGCAGUCCGCGCUCGAUUAUCGAGCGGGCGGAGUUCACGCCCACCAAGGAGAUCACUUCGCACAACUUUAGCCGCUUCUCGAUUCGCUACCACAAUGUGUCACCACCGAAAAAGGCCAUUUAAUCGAGAAUUCAGACUUGUAGUCCACUACCAAAUUGUAACUGUGUAUUUGCUGUAACUAUUUGUUUGGACCUUUAAAUUGAGCCCAGUUGUGCUUCUGCGAACAUCAUUUAUAAACCUCUAAAAUGAAAAACAGGCUGCCAGCCACUAAUUAAGCCGCACAAAGAAAUGCUCAGCGCAAUUACAUGGAGGCUGGCACAUACACUAUGUACUUAUUUUUAUAUAUCUACAAAGUAAAUAUAUGUAUGUGAGAUGACUUGGUUAGACAGACACCUGCAGCUUCAGCUUCAGUUUUAGCUUCGUCUUGGCCACAUUUCCAGUUGAGCGACGCCCCAAACUGGCAAUGAGUUUUUACGGCACACAAACAGCAGCCAACAGCCGUGAGUCGAGGCAACAGACAAUACUGGCUAUACGGAAUAUCCAGAAUAACAACAGAGAGCCACAAAUAUUUAUCGCUGUGCGCUGAACAAGAGCAGAUUGACUAUUUGAUUGAAGGUGGAAAUCUAGUAAGUCGUGACUUCUCAAGGCGGAAGGAAGUUUUGAAAUGCAUUUUUGGGUAAAUCUAAUCUGUUAGAAACGUGCUAAAAUAAAUUUGUUAUGGGAAUAGCGGUAUAUAAACCCGAAUUCAUUACAUACAUAGGUAUUUAAAAGUAUGCCUUCUAACGAAUGCAUUUAUUGUUAGGAAGUUAAGGUUUCAAGUGUUGGAAAGUUCACUGUACUGUUUCCGAAUUUCAUUAUUGACAGUUACAUGUGUAAGCCUGCUGUUAGAAAAGUUCAAGCUGGUUUCUCAACUAAUAUAGUAAGUAAUAUUAAGCGUAGCUCUGUUUCUAAAUGCUAUAUUUCCGAAUUUGAUGAUGCUACUCAAAUCACAGCUUAUAUUCCGAUUUAAUCCCGAGUGGUUUUAAAUCAGAAUCGGGCUGAAAUCGAAGUGCCACAUGCACUGCACGUCUUAUCACAUUUUCGAGUUGUCCAAGUGUAUCGCAACUUGGAGCGAGAAUCCAGUUGCCCAGCGUUGCCGUUGUAGCUGUUGUUGUUGCGCCCCCAAAUGCCCUCCAUGGGUCGCUGACUACCACGACGCCACCGCCACUGCUCGCGCGAUGGCGUCACUGCCGGCGUCUCUGCCGCCGAAGCACUGCGCAUAAUCACAACAAAAUCAAACAAAUGAACGGCACUGACACAGCGGCAACACCAACGGCAGCAGCAGCAACAUCAACGCAGCGGCAGCAACAUCACCGCAACAGCAACAGCUUCGAGUCGCGUGUGUGCGUGCAUGUGAGGUUGUGUUGGCAACUUCGUUGCGUGUGUAACAGGCGCCCAGAUUUUCCGAGAGAGCUGAAAAAGAACAUUUCCACAUGCGGAGUGGGGUGGAGUGUUCCCAUUUGUGGAUGUUGGGUUUGCGGAAUUUUUAUAGGUUAAGCUGUAAGCGUUGUGUGCGGGGAGGACGGUUGUAGUGGUGUUGUAGAGUGGCAAAGGGGGCGUGGCAGAGGCUGGGGCGAGCGAAGAGGGUUGCUGGUGUGGCCUUAACUAGUUUCAGCCGGCCGGUGUCGUUGCCUUAUAAACGAGCUAAAAAUGCGAGAUAAAGAGCGCUUCGCACGACUCACUCGACUCACUCGGAUUUUUGUGAGUGAUUCCUGCGAAACCCCAAACACAAACCCAAAACCCCUGAAUUUUCCCAUGCCCCCCACGUUCCCCCCGUUCUACCAUAAGCUCAAAUUCCUUUGCGCAUUCCUACGACGUUGACGUCGCUGCCUGUUUCCGGUGUCACUUCCUUAUUUAGUUGUUCACGUUGUUUGUUGUUUUGUGCUGUUGCCUGGCUUUUGGGUAGGAUUUCGCUGGAUUUCGUCCUUGUAGGCUCAACCCAAUUUAACAGCCAUCAGAAAGUGGCAGCGAAUUCAAUUUGCCUGAAAGCCAGGCUACCCACAAAAAAAAAAAAAUAAAUAAAAAAAAAUAAGCGAAGCAAAGAAAACAGAAACGGUGAUCAUUAGUUGGAUUAUUAUUAGUCUAUUAGUGGUAAUCAAAUUUAUGGCACAAAUACAAAUUGAGGGAAAACUUUCAUGACGCCAAAAUGGAAAUUGAAAACAGAGAGUGGGGCAGCGAUGGAGCGUGGAGGGGCGGGGUAAGACAGGUUGUCGCGGCAUACAUAAAUGCAAACACUUUGUGCAAAUAUUUGUGUCAUUAAACAAAUGACAAACGAAUUGGUUUCAACAUGAAAGCCAAGAGAGAGCGACAGAGCGAGAGAGAGGGAGAGCAGCUGACAUGCAACAUGCUAACAGCAGCAGCAGCAGCUUAUCAACCGUCUGUUAUGGCUAACAGCGACAUCCCCGCAGCAACACCCAUACCAACAGCCACCCACUCGCACACAGAUACUCACUCGCUGCGGCGCUGCAACAAUGCAAAAAGCAAACUUUCUCGCUGCCCGCGUCGCAGCUGGCGUCGUGUUGCUGCUGCUGCUGUCGCUGCCAGCGUCGCUCGCGUCGCUCGAAGUCGCUUCGUUUGGCUUCGCUGACAGCGGCUCGUGCCAGUACUCAACCGACUGCCAAACGGCGCACGACAAACCAGCGGCAGCAGCAGCAGCUGAGGCAAAAGCAACAGCAGUAGCAACAGCAACACGACGCCAGCAGCAGUAACAGCCGCACGGCAGAAACAGCAACACUAGCCAAAGAAAAGCUGAGCGCUUUUUUUUUUGUUUGCGCUGAAUAAAUCAAAUUACAAUCAAAAGAACUCGAGAUCGACGAAGAAAACUGUGAAGAAAA